AUGAAAGUAGGAACUUCGGGUGAAGAACUUGAAAGUAUUAGGACUUCCCCUAAUCCAUCUUCGGAAGCAUUGUAGCGACGUUUUCAAGGGGAAAACAGUCUCAGGAUGGACUUGGAGAUGGAUUAGGGUGAGCUCUAAAAGUAGCAGGAUGCUGGAAAAAGAUGGCAAUAUUGCCUCAUCGACCAGAAGAACUCAUCCUGAGGCGCAGGCAAACGGACCACCUCAGAUGGACUACAUUCCCUCCUUUAUCACCGGCGCCGAAGGGAGUAGAAGGAAAAGGUUUAAAUCACAUGGAUGGAACUCAAGUCUAGACGCGGAAGUCGAAGCCUUACUAGCCGUAGAGGAUGCCGCUGAGCAGCUGAGGGAAGUUUACAUGUCACAGC